UGCAACCUGUUGCAUACCUUUUGCUAGAUUUUUUAGAUACUUUCUUGCACUGAAUUCCACUUGUUUUCACAUCACUUCAAAACUCAAAAUUUGCACUAGUUCCCGUGUUGCAUUGCAUUGAGGGCAUUGAUCAGUGAGCAGUGAGCACCACUUGUAUUCAUUUUGUUACUACACUUGGCUUGGUUCACAUUAGAGUUUAACUUUGGCAUUGUUUCUCAUUCCAGAUUGUGAGUGAGAGAGGGAAAUUAUGGGAAAGGCUUCGAGGUGGUUGAAAGGGUUGUUGGGAUUAAAGAAAGAGAGGGAGUACAGUGGCAAUUCGGGGUCAUUGACUCAUGACAAGAGGGAAGAGAAAAGAUCAGGGAAGGAUGGAGUGAGUCACAUUGCUCCAACCAGUGUUGCUGCUUUUCAUCGUGCUCGUAGAUCCUAUGUUGCUGAAGAUGGUGUCAAGAACAAGCUUGCAAUUGAUGUGCCUAUUGUGAGGUCAAGAAGCUGUGACAGAGGCACCUUGCUUAUUGGAAGCAGGGAGGGCUGGGCUGCUCUCAAGAUUCAAUCUUUUUUUAGAGGUUAUUUGGCGCGAAAGGCUCUUAGAGCACUGAAAGGAUUGGUUAAGAUACAAGCUCUUGUUAGAGGCUAUCUAAUUCGGAAAAGGGUUGCUGCAACUUUUCACAGUGUGCAAGCUAUGAUAAGAGCUCAAGCUGUGGCUCGAUCAGUGCGAGCUCGACGUUCAAUUGACAAGGAAAAUAGACUUCAUCCAGAAACUCCUUCAAGGAAAUAUAUGCAACGGUUUGAUGAAACAAGAAAUGGGUUUCACGGUAGAAGGGUACCCAUAUGCUGUAAGGCACCCUUGUGUGAAUUUGAUGAGAUUCCUAAAGUUGUUGAGGUUGACACACACAUGCCCCAUUCAAGAUGUAGGAACCUUAACAUUAACACAAUGUCUGAAUGUGGAGAAGAUCUUAAUUAUCAAGCAAUAUCAUCCUCUCUUCAUUGUCCAAUUCAAAGUCGAAUCUCACCUUAUGGAAACCGGCACCCUCAAGAGUUUGAAUGGUUAUUCAACGUUGAUGAAAGUCAGAAGUUCUCCACAGCACACAACACGCCUCGUUUGGGAAAAUGUAUGUUAGCUAAUAGCACAAAUAAUCCAAUGAAGAGUGUUUGUGGAGACACCUUCUUUAGGCCUUGUUCCAAUUCCCCUAACUACAUGGCCAAUACUCACUCUUCUAAGGCAAAAUUAAGGUCUCAUAGUGCUCCAAAGCAAAGGCCUGAACUCAAGAAAAGGCUUUCAAUUAGUGAAAUUAUGGCAGCAAGAAAUAGUGUUAGUGGGGCUAGGAUGCAGUGGCCAUCCAACCCAAAUACUCAAGAUUACUGUUUUUUUUUUAACAACAUUUAAGAGGGCACUUAAGUAAAGUGGUUACUUUUUAAUUUCUUUUUUCUAAUGUUUCUUUUUUCAUAGAGUGAGUUUUCUUUCCCGCACUUUUCCUUGUAACAGACGAUUACUCCUAUUAAAGAUCAAAGUUUCAUCAUAUUAUGGA